UAGGAAUAGAAGAUGGGUAGAAAAGAUGCGGCAUCAACAAGAACCCCAGUCGAUCAAUAUCGCAAGCAAAUAGGAAGACAAGACUACAAGAAAACCAAGCCUGUAUUAAGAGCAACAAGAUUAAAAGCAGAAGCCAAGAAAACAGGACUCGGAAUAAAGGAAGUGUUUCUUGUUCUGAUCGCCAUCCUGUUGGCUGUUUCGUCGGUCUAUGCUUUCUUCUACCUGAAAUUCAACUUAUUCGAGAACCCUGAGGAAGAAUCAAGUGAUUAGACUGCAAGUCACCAGACCAUGCAUUCAGCGAGAAAGAGGACUCUAGACUGCUGUGCAAGAAAUAAUUAUGUUGGUAAAUGCUAGACAUGUUUACUGCAUUGGUUCUCAAACAAGUCCUCAAUAUCCACCACUGAUUGAGAUUUUAUAAAAUAUUUUCCUGUCUUAAUUCACUUUUCAUAUACAUGUCUGGACCAAUAGUCCUUGAUGGCUUGAGAACCACUGUAAUACAGGAUCAACAUUGGAUAAUGUUAAUGCUGCAUGCCAAUCAAAAAAUACAUUCCAAAUCA